AUGGUGAAGGAGGAGGAGCCCUCCGAGACGAGGAUCCUGAGGACCAGGGGACAGACCGUCAAACAUGAGGUGUCCUUGGCUAAAAUAAUGGCCAGACAAAAUGCUACUGAUGAAGUUGAGGAAGAAGAGGCCUCUACUCUGAAGACCCAGUUUGUUCUGCGUCCCAGGGAGGAGGACAGCUCUGUGAGACGCAGCUCCAGGAUCACCAGAUACAAGCGCAACUCCAGGAACCAGUCUGUACUCUAUAACCGCCUCAUCACCAAUACAGCUGAGGCAGUGCUGCAGAAGAUGGGUGACAUGCAGAAAAUGCGUCGCCGGUUAAGAAGCAGGGAUACUACGGAGGAGAGGACGAUGAUGAUGACCAUGAUGAAGAGGACAACCAGAAACGUUAUGACUUCAGGCAGAGGAAAGCUGCCGUUCGCUACCAGGCACCACGGGAGGAGCCCAAGACAAAGACCAUCUUCUUCAAGACUUCAAGACACUUGUCCCCAUCCAGGCGGAGGUAUAGGUUCAGCUCUACUGGUCCGAGAAGCCCUUACAACAUAAGGAGAGGCAACAGGAGUGUGUCUGACAGAAGAAGACAUGCCAUCCARAGUAGUGACUCCACCUCCUCGUCCUCCUCCUCUUCCUCCUCCUCCUCUGACGAUGAGAAGUUCCAGAGGAGGAGGAGGAAGAGCAGGAACAGAUCGGUGAAUAGAUGUCUUCCCAUGAAUCUGCUGAAGGAGGAUGACGUCCAGGACCUGUUCUGUGCUGAGUAUGGAGAGGUGCUCCAGGUGCGUCCCACCCCACAGGAGAGAAGGAACUUCUUUGACGAUCUCAUCCUAAAAGCUGCCAAAGCUCCUGCAUCCAAGAAGAAAGCAGUCAUUACCCCCUGUCCUCCUCCCAGUGCUUGCAGCCUGGAGGUGCUCCCCGGUGCUCCCUCUUCCCCGAGAAUGCUGACGGAGAAGGAGCAGCAGCGAUUGGAGGAGCAGGAGGAAGACACUCUCAGGGAGCUCGCCUCUGUCUGCGUGAUGUCACGAACGCCUCUCUCAGGACAACGCUUCAAGGCCUUCACCAAGCCCGUCGACCUGGAGGAGGUACCUGACUAUGCUACAGUUAUAGAGCAGCCCAUGGACUGUCCACUGUCCUCUCCAACAUCGCACACUCACAAGUACGUGACCGUGAAGGAGUUUGUACACGACGUGGUCAUCUGGAAGAACUGUCUGGUAAACCCUGACAAAGAUCCGUCAGAUCGCCACAGAGCCUGUGCUCUGAAGGACACUGUUCAGGCCAUCGUCAAAGACGAACUGGAUGAAGACUUUGAGAAGAUCUGCGAGGAUAUCAAGGAGUCCCGCAGCACAAGAGGUUGCUCCACUUCAAGGUUCGCUCCAUCCUACUAUCACGUUCAUCCCAAGACAAGAUCAGUGGAUGCCAAGAGCACCGAUGCAGCAGGCCCUCUAAAGAGCUACGCUGCUGCUCCCUCAGCUGUGACCACACCACGCCCUUCAGCUCAGAAGAAGAAGCGCAGGAAGAGCCGCUGGUGCAACGGCAUCAUCAGGAAAAGGUCCUCUCCUCACACUUCUAAAGACCACUCUGCUGUUGUGGAGUCUGGAGAGGAGGAGAGGAGAGGGGCAGAGAGUGAGGAGGAGGAGGGUGGUGAUGGAGAGUCAGGCCUGGAGGAGCUGGAGAUCACUGGGGCUGAGGAGACCCCCAUGGAGCAGGAGGAACCAGCCCAACAGGAGAACCAGGACAGCCAGCCCAUGGASAAAGKCACUAAGGACAGCCGGACCACGGAGGAGGCUAGCCAGGCUACAARGGAGGCUACCCAGCCCAGGGUGGAGGCAGCUGUGGAGGCUAGGGCUGGAGACCAGAGCAGUGAGGGCACCCAGGACCCUGUAGUGGUGGUUGGCGCCCAGGAAAACCACAUCUUACCAGAAGGGGGAGACAAUAGGCAGGCGUCCACUACAGACAAAACUGAGCCUCAGAGAGUGGAAGUGGAGGAAGAGAAUACCACAGAAGUAGGAGUGAGGCGUGCGACGCGGGGCUUGAAGUACCAGGGGAUGGAUGUUGACCAGGAGAUACUGGACCAGAAGACAAAGCCCCCUGUGGUGGAUCACAACAAACUAAAGGAGCUGCUUCAGAGAGCGGUGUCUAAGACUGAGGGAUAUGAGGUCUAUCAACUGGAGAAGCUAUACGCCUUGUUGUGUCAGAGUAUCUACAGACACCGCAAAGACUACGACAAGACUGCCCUGCUGAAGGAAAUGGAAAAUGAAAUUGAAGACUUUUCAUAAUGAGUUUUAUACAAUAAAGAUGUAGCUAGUCAUGGAUUGCACGUAGUAUUUCCCCGUUGUCUAAAUGUAUAAAGAACAAGUCUAUAACUAUAUUUUGAUAGAAAUAUACAGAUGUGUAUUUCCUAACAACUUGUAUACUGUUUCUUUUAUUUAAUUAAAGUGUUUUUUUACAAGUA